CGUUAGGUCACACACACGGAAACACACGGAUUAUACAGUCGUCUGCUGCGUAUCCCGAAGCUUGUUGUCCACCUAAAAGAAGGUCUCUUAUGUAAACCUUUCCAAGGAGAAGGUCAGGCUGUUUCUCUGUGAUGAUGGACAGUUAGUCUUGUCAGCACCCCGAUGGAAGCUCCAGUCACCGCUUCCCCUCCUCCCAACUCCUCCACCCUGUCACCCCUGGUCCCCCUGCAUCCGGCUGUUGCCCCCACUGUCCAGCUUGGCUUCACUAUCCUCUACACCACUCUGUAUGCUGGACUAUUCCUGGUGGUGUACACCCAGCUCUGGCUUCUCUACCUCUACAAACACAAACGAUGGAGCUACCAGAGCGUGUUUUUGUUCCUCUGCCUGCUGUGGGCUGCCCUCCGCACCACCCUUUUCUCCUUUUACUUCCGUAAUGCUCUGGAAGCCAACCACCUACCUGUGGUAGUCUACUGGCUGCUCUACUGCUUCCCCGUCUGUCUGCAGUUCUUCACUCUCAGCCUUAUUAACCUGUAUUUUACUCAGGUGUUACUCAAAGUGAGAGAGACUUACAGCUCAGAAGUGGACAGAGGACUCUGGCGGGCACGGUGCAUGUACGGUGUGUUGAGUGCCAUCUUCCUCUGCGUCAACGUGGUUUGCGCAGCUCUCGGGGACCGAGGCGGCGGCGGGAGUUUGGGGGAGCGAACCUGGGAUCUGGUCUUGUUUCGAGUUCUAGUCAACGACUUGCUCUUCAUCCUGGAUGCAAUCUUACUGGCCGCCGUGCUGUUGCUCCUGACACGACACUCUCGCUCCACCAGCCCUUACCUGAUCAGCAAGGGGACCACAGUGUGCCGCACAGCAGCGCUCGGAGCAGCAGUUAUCUUUUUAUAUGCCAGCCGAGCCUGCUACAACCUGACCGUCCUCAUGCUGUCCCAGAACUACCACGUGGAGUCGUUCGACUUCGACUGGUACAACGUAUCUGACCAGGCUGACCUGCGUAAUGAACUGGGCGACAGGGGCUACUUGGCCUUCGGUGCCAUCCUCUUCAUAUGGGAGCUGCUACCAACCAGUCUGCUCAUCCUCAUCUUAAGAGUUCGCCAGCCUACCCAGGAGGUCAGCAGCAUCAACAACAGGGCCCUACCUCAUCCAUAUUUCUUUGAUGACCCUCAAGCCGGGGAUGAGGAUGUACCUGUUCCCUGGGCACGUGGUUCACACCCACCCUCGAGCUGGUACGGAUCAGAGACCGCUCCUCUCCUGUUCGCCAGCAAUCCUCCAGACCAGAGCCACCAGCACCACUCUUUCUACUCCACCCCCCAGAACUGACCCAAGCAAUCAAGCUCGCGACGUCCUUGAUGAUCUCAAGGACAAACUAAACACAGCAACCAGCCAGUAGUAUGGCACCUCCAUCUGCGAGCAGUUGUUUGCACUGAAAACCUCAGGAAAUCCUCACCAAACAGCAGAUAUGCACCUUCUAGUUUUCAAAGAGAGAAUACUAUAUUUAAAAUAAAAUGAGCUGACGUUUUGUAGCUCAAAGGGAACAAACUCGGCGGGACAAUCCCUGCCAGAUAUGAAUGGCCAAAUAUUGUGCUCAGUGAUCUCCUUAUAAAGGUUAAGCUGAGAUUCAAAAAUAGUUAUUGUCCCAAGAAUGUGGAUAAACAAGAUAAUACCUCUUAUUAUUCCUUAAAACGGCACAUUUAGCUUCAUUAGCAUUCCUUAUUGAAUAAAUAAGUUGAUAAGCUCGCAGCAUGUGAUAACCCCUGGUAACAAACAUCCACAUCCAAGGAGGGUAACUUUUCUUACACUGUUACAAGUGUAUAGAAAACACUCAAAUCCAAAUGAUCAAGUGACAUUUGGUAUUUACAGAACAGGAUAGUUCCUAAAAUGUUUGAACAUCUCUAAUAAAUAAUUCCAGCAGCUUCUCUUUAGUCUAAUCACAGAUCCAUCAGUCGCUGUAGGUAUUCGCAUUGCUGCAAUGUUUUUUUUUGUUGUAAGUUUUCUUUUGGACCAGUGUCUAUUCUUUUGAUUUGUACAUCCCAUUUGUUUCAUUUUAAUUUUUUCCGAGUUGAUUUUGAUUCUUAUUACUCCCUUCCUGUGUAAUUAUAUUUUGAUGGAAGUUUAAUUUAUUUUAUAAUUACGGUUCUGCGCUUAACUGUAGCUAAAAAUCAAAUGUUUUUCUGCUUUAUGUCUUUAUUGGAAUGAGGCUUCCUCAUAGUGAGUCACUAACCUGUGGGUUUGACUUUACCGCGUGACUGACAUUUACUGUGUAAAGAGCAAACCUAUAAAAACAAAAAUGAGCUUGUUCAGCCUGUUGCUAAGCAGAAGACGUAUGGAUCAAACAAGCUGCUGCGGUUGUAGAACUCGAUACAGCAACCCUGGAUAAUUUGAAUGUUUUGUUGAUUUUCAAUGUUAAACUACAGUUAAAACACUACAACUGUUUUUACACGUUUACCACAAACCAUGUUUACUUCAUUAGAGCCAAAUGUUUUCCAAAGCAUGCCAGAGUGGUUCGGAUUAUAUUUUUACAACCUUCCAGUCAACCAGAUUAAAGUUAUACCUGCGUGUCCAAUCAACAGACAGAUAGGUAAUACGUUGGUGAACAUCAUGUCUGCUUUUAUUUUUGUUUUUUAUGUUAUUGUAUGAACUUCUAUGCAAAUUUUUUAAAAUCUGUUUACUCUUUUCCUAAAAAUUCCUGGUAAAUUUCCUGGAAAGAAGCGUGUAAUUUGGUGCUUGGUUGUAAUUUUACAAGAGUUUGAAGAUUUGUUCUCUGUAGGGCUUUUGAUAACUCUUCUCACAGGAAUUCAACAAAACACAGUUUGUCCAGGGGUGUCCAGAUGUUUGCAUUCCACUGUACUGCACAUUGUACGAUUUGAUCUGUUGCUGUAACUUGUUCACGGGGUCAAAUAGGUGUUAACUACAUCCUGCUGUUAGGCAGUGGUUUCCAACUUUUUGGCUCGUGAGUGUCGACUUGUGAACCUUCAUCACAGGUUGAGGCCUCAGUGUGAACCUGAGCUGUGAGCAGUUCAACCAAUGAGGGACUUUACCCUCUCAGAUUGUUUUAUGUGAAAGACUUUUAGAGGACUAAAGAGGUAAAAUUAUAUAAUAUAAAUGUGUACUUGUGAAUGUUGUACACAGUAAAAAUGUUAAAAUGAAUAAAAACUUACAAUGACAAAAAGAGGAAAAAUAAACAUGAUUUAGUAACAGAUUUGUUACUUUGUCUUUCUUUCCCCUUAUAAUCUAGUGACCACUACGAUUCAUGAUACUCCUGCCUGCCUGCAGGUUGGAAACCACCAUUUAAUUAGGUCAAAGUCAUAAAAAGUCCGCUACAACAAAAUCUGAGCACUAUCCAGUCAUGUUGGAUUUAGAGUCUGGCUGCUGACUUGGAUAGUUUCUUAGUUUUCCUGGCAACAGAACAACUUAAAAGCUGCUCUGUGGAGUUUUCCUGUUAACAAAAUUUUUGUUAACAUUCAGUGUUUCUCACUGAAACUCAUGGUGUGUAUCCCUGAGGUCUAAAAUGUGUUGAGUGCAUUUCUUUCCAUGCAAAGCAUUUGCAAAGCAGAUUUUGAAAAUAUUAAAAAUCUUUCACUGUUUUCAUCCAUGUUUGCUUGCUAAACAGCUUCCUUUUCACUGCCUUUGUUGGUGUGUUUCCUCCACCAACUGAUCAGCAGAACAGCGUGAAAUUGGUGUCAGGAAAGUGUUUGUGGCAUCGGUUUUGUUAAACAUACAAACCAUUAUCUUUGUUGUUCCACUGCCUUUUCAGUCAAACGGUUUAUUCUGCAUUAUGUACAGAUCAUCCUAUUAAAACUCUUUAUACAGUAUGUACACAUUCAAAUAAAUCAGUAUGUUACAACAUCUGCAGUGGCAACAUGUUGAGAAACAAAGAAACAGAAGAUGAAUGGUAAAGAAAAA